CAGCUGAGUGUUUGUUUAUCUUGAUUCUGGUAGAGAUUUGCGUCGUUCUUGCCGUUUCUUGCUUUAUCCAACCGGAGCUCAGUACACCUGGCCGGAAAAGAUGACGACGCACUUCACUAAUGUGCUGCGGCAAGCAUUUAAAACUUUCGACCGGGCGAAUCACGCCAACUUCAAUGCAAAUUUGCAGCACCUGCGCCAGUUGACGGAUGAGCUGACCUACCGGGACUUGCACUUGCGAGAAGAGCUCUUCCGGAACGUGGCCAGUCACCGGGCGCCCUGCAGCUACAUGCACAUCUUUGAGGACGAGCGCUUCUCCAUGAGCCUGUUCAUUGUGCGCGGAACAAAUUCGAUUCCCUUACAUGAUCACCCCAUGAUGUUCGGUCUGCUGCGCUGCAUCUGGGGUCAGUUGAGGGUGGAUAGUUUUUCGCAGCAGAUAGGCCCGGAUGAAAACCUGACCUACGACCCGCAUCCGUCGGUGGUGAAGGUGAAUGCAGAGGAACCAAGCUUGGUCACGCCGGCUAGUCCGUGUGCAACAUUAACACCGCGGAAAAGGAACUUCCAUCAGAUUACCCAAAUCGGCAAUGGCGUAGCUGCCUUCUUCGACAUCCUCAGUCCACCCUACGAUGCGGAUAUGCCCACAUAUGGACCGCGACAAUGCCGCUUUUAUCGUGCCAAAGCGGAUGGCGGACAGGUGCAGCUGCACCGCAUCCCAUCGCCGAAUACGUACUACUGCGAUGAGGAGGACACGCCCGAGUCCGUAGUGCAGGCCGCUUUUCAAUGCGCCGACGAGGUCUAUGCCGAAAAUGCCACCGGAACGCAGUGAAUCCCUGUAUCCAUUCCCUGCAGCUAACACCCUCCUAUUUAUUCGCCCAUCAUCACCCCAUUGGCUGCAUGUGUCAGCCAAGCAUCUUCUGUGUUAUUUAAAUAAAAUUGCCUCUUUUUUUGUAGAAAUCGCUCCGCA